UCAUUUGCGAGUUGCGACUGCUUUCUUAUUUUCGAUCUGCUUCAGUUCAAGUACCACUUUUGACUUCUUAUUAAUAAGUCCACGUUGUUCCGCAGCCUCACGGAGCGCAUUCAGCCUUGUUAUUCCGCACGGCCACUUUUCCUUUUCUGUCUCUCAGCCAGAGAGAAUGUAUCUGUACGAAGAUGCUGAUCGGUGGGUGCACACCUGGAACGCUGUGGAUGUGGAGAUUGACGGUCUACGGCAGCACGGCCUCGUCGUCGGUUUGGAAGAGAAUGGUAGCACUCCACCGCGUUUGCUCGUCGAUUUCGAAUGUCCCACACAGCGAUCGGUGGUGGUGCCGCACGGGAAGGUCUGGCAAUGCUAUCCCUAUCCCAUCGGCUUGGUGCGCAAUUUACGCGACGUGGAGGCGUUGUUGCACGACGGCCCGCAUCGCCCCUGGACCUGGUACCCGGGGAGAGUGCUGAUUCCUUAUUUUGAGCAUCGGAAUGAGGUGUCACUGGUGGAAGUGAUGGUGAGCGGGGAGCUGCGUCCCGAACUGAUUCCCUAUCGCCAGAUUCGCGAUCCGGGCGCCGAAGAACGAUUUCAAGGAAAACUCGUGGCCGUUGAUCAUUUGGUUAUACGGACGUGUGAUGUGUCCAACGGCUACUGGACCCUGGAACCGUCGGUAGCGACGUGGUUGCUGCGCAGAGCUGAGAAAAGGUUCGAUUUGCGUUUUACGAAAGUCCUCAAUCAGCAGAUGCACUAUGUCCGACUGCGUGAAGAAUCGCCGAUGUGGUGGAAUGAAUUCACGGGAGACGUGGCAGGUGUGUUUGAAAAAGAACGAAACCAUCCGGAUUAUUACUAUAAGCUUUUGGAAAUAACCAAGAAGCGGGGAAAGCCGUCGGACUACGGCGAGCAAUAUUUGGCGUUGCCUGUGGAGCUGUUGAAAGAGGUCUUCCAUUCCCUGGACACUGUUCACCGGCAGCGCUGCCGCCGCACCUGUCCACUGUGGGAAGCCCUUCUCACGUCGGCUGAGCUGUGCCAGGAAGUGCGGGUGACGCGGAAGCGGCCCAGCCGGUUACCCCGCGUAAGGUGGGACUGCAAUUACGCCAUGUACGGCUGCAUCUUCAAGCACAUCACACCGGCCACCCGCACCAUCUCCAUUCGUGACACCGACCCGUCACCCCUCCACCUCGAACACAUACCGCAUGCUGCCGGUGACGUGGUGGACGUUAUGGUGAAGGUCCUGGAUACGGCCGGCAUCCGCAUCGAACGCUUCAUCUCGUGCCGGCAGUCCAUCUGGCUCAGAGAAGAAAUAUUUGACCAGUGGAAACUGAGCGCCCUGUCCAUCCACAUCGCCGCGCUCCAUGCCAAGCUGGUGUCGUCCUGUCAACGUCUGAUUGUAAAAGAAUACUCCCUCACAGUGGUAAAAAUGUUCGGCCGACCCUUGAUGAAGUCCCGCAUUCCCCUGGUUGCAUUCUCCGGGGGACAAGUCGACGCGGCGCGCAUUGUCGAACUGCUGGAGCAGGGUCUGCACUGGGAGGAGCCGCCUCUGGAUGUGCAGCGCCUGGCCGACUGCAUGGCCAACGGGAUCGACAGCGAAGAGAAGGCCAAAGGAGUGAAGAAGAUUCUGUGGGACUUCCAAACGCGCGAUCCGCGCCCAUCGUCCGCGUAUCGCAACCGCAAGUGGACGGUGUACAAUGUGGCCGGCGUGGAUGUGAGCCGACUGAACCGUUUCUGCCUGAAUGCCUUAUCGCGCUACACACAGGACUGGUGUCCCGCCUCCGUGGGGGGCAGCGCUCAGUACGUACAGUCCAGCGAGCCCGGCAGUGAAGUCAGCGACUCCAGCAGCUCGGAAUCCGAUGACGGCGAGGAUUAAAUACUGAUUGGAAACAUUUUGUGAAUUAAGCGUCGAUAUUUUAAUUUUCUUGUAAUAAUUACGUGAUUAAUACAAAGUAUUGUUCUUAUAAAAUGCGUAUUAGUCGUGGCAGAACAAUAAUGGCGUUUAAUGUUUUGGCACCGUUGCUGUCUUGUUUGGUUUGACUUGUUUUUGCAGCUUCUGGUGUGU